CCCAAUUUUCCCUCGCCCGUCAAACAGACUUCCCCAGAUAACCCCCUCCAUAAACCCACUUUCCACCAACUACCUUUUAGCUUAUUACUGUUGUGCAUUCCUACCUGCCUGAUAUUUCCAUGUUUGCACAAUAGCAACUUCCUAUCUUCCUUAUCUCUUACUUCCUUCCUUCCCUCCUCCUCUGCAAAGGAAACCGCGAUGCCGCGCACCUCCGCCAGACUGGCCGCCCUUCCCCGGGGUCAGGCCGGCAUUCAGACCUUUGCAAGAGCGACCAAGCCCGGCGUCACCACUCCUCAAUCGCUCGCGGACACCAAGAAGCAGCUACAGCAGCAGCAGCUACCCCUGCCGUCCACGACGAAAAGCACGACCUCCCCCACCACCACCACCGCCCGCCUUCCAAUCUCACCAUCUAAAAAGCGGAAACUGCACGAAUUGCAAAACGUCACCUGUGGCGGCGGACAACCGACGACGCAAGAGGCAGGCAAGCCCGGCCUUCCUGCCGAUGCCAAAGACGUCCCGGAGGCAGCCACUCCCUCCCGGACCCUCCGACUCGGCGAGCUUGCCCUCAACACCCCCCCAAGCGGCCACUACGCGCGCUCCUCUGCCCGCGAAGAAGACGAAGACGACAUCCCGACCUCGCCAUCCAAGCGGGCCGCUACUCACAGGAGAACGACCUCAGCAUCGUUGCCGCGGAAGGCGAGUGUCGUCACCGUAGACACGCGGGUCGCAGAACGUCCCGCCUGCGUGGAUGAUUUUGUGGCCCUGUACUCGGCAUUCCAGAAGGCUGUCUCCGUUCAUAUGAUGCACAACGGCGUCAAUCGCCCGGCGGACUUGCGGGAACUGCUGCCCAGUAUGCAGCGGAUCUGGAAGAAGCGGAAGGUGGUGGUCAAGGACCUGCAGCGAUUGAUCUGGGUGAUGGAGCAGGAUGAUCAGUCGACAUCGUCGUUCUCGUUCAGAAUCGCGAAUUAUGGGUUGGGCCGGGUGUGCUUGGAAAAACUGGCUGUCGCUGCUGAUGGCACGAAUUCACCACCCUCUGCAGCACCGGUGCGGAAUGAUGAUAGCGGUGAAUUGCAGGAACGGUUCGAGCAGACGGUUGAUCUGCUCUGGGAAAAGGCGCUGGAUGCAGCGGAUGGGGAUGUGGAGAAGGUGGACUUUGUGGGUACGCUGGGCGUAUCGGCCAUUCAUGAGUCGUUGGUUCCCUUCACGACAUUCCGGAAAGGUCAGCAGCGAUUGCAGGAUCUUAAGGGCGGGGUGAUCAAGUUGAAGACCGAGAAGCUGCGGGCGGAUGGGCAGGAGGACUCUGUUCCAGCCAAGUCGCUGGAUGCGGCAAGUGCGCGGAAGAAGGGCCUGCUGGAACGGAUCAAGGACAAGCAGCUGCGACAGGCGAAGUUGCCGCCCCCGCCCACGAAGGAUAUGCUCCUCCAGCGAGCGGCGGCGGAGCGGGUCGAGGAGGUUGCUGGCGUCCUGGCUCUGCUGAGACCCAGGGGGUAUACAGGCAAUGGUGCUAAGGCGGUGAUGACGGCGCAGCGAACGCCGUUUCGAAUGGAGACGAUCGUCCAGAACGUCAAGGAUUCCUUGCGCAAUCCGGUGGCGGAUCGAGAGGUCGAGAUCUGUCUUGAGAUUCUCGCUCGGGAAGAUGUUGCGGGACAAUGGGUCAAUAUCGUGAUAGUGAAUCAGCUCAGAUCGGUGGUGCUGAAAUCCUGUGCCGAUGUGCAGCCCAAGGAGAUAGCGGCCCGAGUUGCACAGCUGAAGAUCGGGUGGGAGCAGGUUGGCGAGGCUCCCCGGAAGUGAAAUGAUUGUUGGUUGGAUUACCCGUCACUCGUUUUGGAUGUCGUGAUACCUCAAUCCGGAAUGCCUGGCAUGCAUUUCCGGCGUUAUGAUUGCAUUGUUUGAGCAUCGCAUGUGUCAUGUCCUGUAUAUUAAGCGGCAUUUGUUAUGUACUGCACUACUGGCAUAGCCUCAUUCUAUCGACUAAUAGAUAUACCAAUUCUUGAUUCCU